AUGGGCCACUUUACUGCCGGGAAACCCCAGACUUCUUCCGAGGACUUCCAGACCACAUGGAUGCCAGCUCCCACAGCUGAAGGUGGCAAGACUCACAAGGCUGAGCCUAUGAGACGGAUCUCGGUCCGAGGCCCUGCCAAGAGCCACCGGAUCUCCAAGGCUUCCUCGAGCAAGAGCAAGCCAAGGCCCCAGUCAAUCAUGUCACAGGACGCUUCUAUGGCGUCGAAAUUUGACAUCUCAGGUAAUGCACACACGUUCCAGGAUGGACCUCUUGGAAACGCCCGCAUGAUGGAUGUUCCCCAAUAUCUCUACCAGCAGUCUGCCCCGAUGACAACAUCGCCGGAGAUGGUCACGUCAGGCUUCUACCCCCAGAUGGAUGGUUUGCCUGUCAACGGACUGGCGUUCAGUGAUUUCUCUGUGAACCAGCAUGUGGACCCCAAUGCGAUCCCUCUGGACUUUGACACCAGCAUGUCGGGUGGUUCACCCACUCACUCCUGGGACAACCUGAGCGAGGGCUCCUCGGCCUCAAAGGAUGACGUCUGGCCGCUGGCCUUGCACAACUCGCCCCUGACGAGUGUUUCCUCCAACUCCCCAGCCCUUCAGUCACUGGACACAUUCAGCCUAGGCGGACACGCCUCUCAACCCAUGAUGGGACCGGAGGACCUUGACGGCAGCAUGAUGCCUGCCAUGGGAGACGACCAAAUCUCUAUGACCGGCUGGAAUGGUCGCCGAACCGUCGGCGAAGGUGAGUCUGCGCGGGAUCAUCCACUCUACAAGAAUGCGUAUCCCAAGGCGGACGGCCUCUUCCACUGCCCAUGGGAGGGACAAGCAAGCUGCAACCACAAGCCCGAGAAGCUCAAGUGCAACUACGACAAAUUUGUGGACUCGCACCUUAAGCCCUACCGCUGCAAGGUCGACUCAUGCGAGAACGCCAGGUUCUCUUCUACCGCCUGUUUGCUGAGACAUGAGCGUGAGGCCCACGCGAUGCACGGACACGGAGACAAGCCCUACCUGUGCACCUAUGAGGGAUGUGACCGAGCUGUCCCUGGCAACGGAUUCCCCCGUAACUGGAACCUGCGCGACCACAUGCGCCGUGUCCACAACGACAACGGGUCCACGCUGGGCGCCCGCUCAGGACCCCCGUCGCCUAGCGGAAGCAUCCCGAAGGACUCGUCCAAGACCAGGAAGAGGAAGAGUGAGCCAACUGGUAAGGCCCUGCCCGGCCGCAAGUCUCCCAAGCCGGUUAUGGACUCGGAGAUGCCCAAGGUCGAAGAUGUCUCGAUCAAGCUCCGAGGCGAGUGGGCCGAAAUCCAGGCUGCCCUUCCUAACCUCGUUGCCGCGUUCCCCCAGGCGGAUGACCGCUCGGUCUUGGACCACAUCAACUUAUUCAGGGACCGUCUGGAUGCCAUGACAAGGAUCCACAAUGAUCUUUAUGCCCACAACAACCCGGGUCUGGUCCAGCAGCAGUACAACCCUUUCGCUCAGCAAUCCGGCUGA